AUGGGUGUCCAAGAAAAUGGGAGUGGUGGCGAUAAGGGUAUGUCUAGUGUUCCUCUUGGAGCGAAGAACAAAUACAGAAGAAUGGAUUCUGAGCUUAACGAUUACAGUGAUGAUGAUUUGGAGGUUGCACCGUAUAAGCAGACACAGCAGGAGAGGACGAAAAGCACAAGGAAAUAUGUAUUCGCCUGUGCUGUAUUUGCAUCUCUCAACAAUGUUCUCCUUGGUUAUGAUGUGGGUGUUAUGAGUGGUGCAAUCAUAUUUAUCCAAGAAGAUUUAAAAAUCACCGAGUUUCAAGAAGAAAUUCUCGUCGGAAUCUUGAGUGUCAUCUCCCUAUUGGGCAGUCUAGGCGGCGGCCGUGCCUCCGAUGCACUUGGCCGGAAAUGGACAAUGGGCAUAGCUGCAAUUAUAUUUCAGAUCGGAGCACUUAUAAUGACUUUAGCUCCUAGUUUCCAAGUUCUGAUGAUGGGUCGCCUCCUCGCCGGAAUUGGUAUCGGUUUUGGUGUCAUGAUUGCUCCGGUGUACAUCGCCGAGAUUUCUCCGACUAUCUCUCGAGGCUCCUUCACUUCCUUCCCUGAAAUAUUUAUUAAUAUCGGGAUUCUCUUGGGAUAUGUGUCCAACUAUGCAUUUUCCGGAUUUUCUUCACAUAUAAACUGGCGAAUCAUGCUAGCUGUCGGAAUCCUUCCAUCGGUGUUCAUAGCAUUCGCAUUGUUCAUAAUUCCGGAGUCUCCAAGAUGGUUAGUGAUGCAAAACCGAGUCGAUGAAGCUAGAUCCGUUUUGAUGAAAACAAACGAAAUCGAAUCCGAGGUAGAGGAGAGACUAUCGGAAAUCCUGAAGGCGGCCGGAAUCGGAACUGGAACCGGAACCGGAACCGGAGAGAAUCAAGAAGAGAAAGCCGUGUGGCGGGAAUUACUAAAUCCGUCUCCUUCUUUACGAAGAAUGCUCAUCACCGGAUUCGGAAUCCAGUGUUUCCAACAAAUCACCGGAAUCGACGCGACCGUAUACUACAGUCCCGAGAUUCUACAAACCGCCGGAAUUGAGGAAAAGUCGAGACUCUUGGCCGCAACCGUAGCCGUCGGAAUUGCAAAAACCUUAUUCAUUUUGGUUGCCAUUAUGCUCAUCGAUAGAAUCGGGAGAAAACCGUUGUUAUACGUUAGCACAAUCGGAAUGACCGUUUGUUUAUGCGGUCUAGCGAUAAGUCUUUCGUUGUUCAAAGGAACAACUCUCGGAGUGGAAUUAGCGAUUCUAUCGAUAUGUGGAAACGUAGCGUUCUUUUCGAUCGGAAUCGGGCCGGUUUGUUGGGUUUUAACAUCGGAAAUCUUUCCAUUACGUCUUCGAGCUCAGGCAUCGGCAUUGGGAGCGGUCGGAAACAGGGUUUGCAGUGGAGUCGUGGCAAUGUCGUUUUUAUCGGUUUCUCGUGCAAUUUCAAUGGCGGGAACGUUUCUUAUAUUCACAAUUCUUUCGUUUUUGUCGGUUGGUUUUGUUUAUAAACUUGUUCCGGAAACGAAAGGGAAGUCGUUGGAACAGAUUGAGUUGUUGUUCCAAAAGGACAGGAAUUGGAAUGAAGAGGAAGUAGAGUUAUCGGAUACUCAACAGUUGGUGAAAAACGAAGGGAAUUAA